AGGUAAGCCUUCCACGAACUAUGAUUAAUUUCGACGAAAAUAAAAUCCAUGUCAUGGUUAAAAAUAGAAAGUAAACAUAACUAGGGUAUAUAGCAACAUGGCAGAAGGUGGACAAAACAUAGAGACAAAGAGUAACGCCGAAGAAGACACGAUGGCAAGCCACGAAGAGACCGAAGAUGUCGCGAUGCUUCAACUUUUACAGAAAAUGAAAAGUGAUAGGAUGAAUGAACUGAGACAGAUACAGCAUGGUGAGCGACCUGUUACAGGAACAGAUUCAAGGGAUAACAUCAACUCAUUUUUUGCCAAAAGACUGGAUGCCCAAGCUGCAGCUCAAGGAAAAGAAAAUGUUCCAGUAAAUGUAGAUGAUGUUGAAGAACAUAGACCAGACACAGUGGUUGUUGAAAUCCAAGGAUUAGUAGAACAGCAUAGAGUUUCCAAUGUUUUGACAACAAAUUUUAGACGUCGACUUGAAAACAUAAUCAGAGGGUCAAUUUCAUCUGUCACCAGAAAUAAUUCUCCAAGGCCUUCACCACAAAGUUCAGCAAGACCUUCCCCUACUCCACAAAAUUCAGAACGUCAAUCCCCUGUACCAGCACCAAGGUCUAGUACAACAACUCCUACGUCUGGAAGUCAGUCACCAGUACCACAACCUCGACUGAGAAAUACUGCCAUACCACAACAUGUUGAGGAUCGUAGUAGAAGUAACAGUCUUGCUAGUACAAACAGCAAUAGUUCCUCUGAGAAUGAAACAACUCCAGUAAACCCACCUAUUCCUCCAUAUGUUGAACGUUUAGUUCCACAAGAGUAUAGAGGAUCAAAUCUAGUACCUGUGACUUUGGAGGACAUGGAAAACCUGCACAGGGAAACAGUUGUUCAAGAAAUCAGCGAAUUAGUUCAUAGGCAACUGGUAACAUCAUCUUUAGAGAGCACAUUUAGAAAUGUUCUGGAAAUUACAAUGCAGGACAGACUUGGACAGACUGACACUGAUGGCCAAAGAGUUCAAGAGUUUGUUAGAAAUAUUCAUCCAACUCAACCCAUCCAACGAAAUGAUUUCUCCAACAUUGGACUUCCACCACCAGGAAACGAUAACUGGGAUAAUAUCUCGAUUACCAGUGUUAGUGCUCAUGCUGUUCCCUAUACACAGUCUAACUUGCACAUGAGCAGAGAAAUACAUAGUUUAAAGAGCCAGUUAGAAGAGAUGAAGAAUAUGAUGAAACUUAGUUUUGACCUUCAACUUGACAUACAGAGGGCAAUCAGACAAGAAGUUUCUGCAGCUUUAGCACAAGUUCAAGUUGGAGCUGAAGGUGGAAGUCCUCUGAAAAAAUGUAAACCAGUCAGUGACACUCAUUGCUUAAUUUGUUUGGACAAUCACUCUGACUCUGUGCUGUAUCAGUGUGGGCAUAUGUGUGUAUGUUAUGCUUGUGGACGCCAUCUGAUGUCACGUAAUGCUAAAUGUCCAGUGUGCAGAGCCCCAAUCAAAGACAUUAUCAGAGCUUAUAAAUCUAAUGAAGAUUAAUUUAGCUCUGUCUGCAAAUUUAACUCACAAAUAAAUUUUUGUUGAAAAGACUAUGUUUAAGUCUUUUUAAUUCGUCUCAUUGUGUUGUUGUCUUAUGGACACAGCAGUUGUUUUAUAGAUAAUUGUAAAGAGGCUUUAUAUUUUCAUGAAAUGUGAUAACAAUGAAUCAAAGUGGAGUUAGUAAAUGUGAUGAAUUGGUUAUUUUAUGAUUGAGUACUCAUGUGUAUGAAUCUUCCAUUAAAGAAUUGGAAUCAGUGCAAUAUUGUAUAUAAUAGUAUGUUGAUGAUGUUAUGUUAUUUGUUAGAUUUUAUAAUGUUAAGAUAUUAAAAAUAUUUAAUAAUUGA